GUUCUGAAGAGAUUUGCCCUUGCUAAUUGAGAUCCUGUUAGUGACCAUGUCAAAUAAGCGUGGCAUCAGAAUAGUUUUGUUUCAAGUUGGAAAGAAAUUGUAUGAAGCCCUCAUCUGUGUUUAGAGAUGCCUUGGUUUCUUUAAAAGUGCUUGAAGACAGAAUUCAAAAUGCCUGAAAAUCCUGCUACAGACAAACUGCAGGUCCUGCAGGUUCUCGAUCGCCUGAAAAUGAAGUUGCAGGAGAAGGGCGACGCGUCGCAGAACGAGAAGCUGUCUGUGUUUUAUGAGACGCUGAAGAGUCCUCUCUUCAACCAGAUCCUCACGCUUCAGCAGUCCAUCAAGCAGCUGAAGGGGCAGCUCAGCCAUACACCCUCAGAUUGUUCCACAAACUUUGAUUUUUCUAGGAAAGGUUUGUUAGUGCUCACAGAUGGUGCCAUUACAAACAGGAAUGCCCACAGGCCCUCUAGUAACUUGACUGUAUCUGGGUUAUUUCCUUGGACUCCUAAGUCGGGAAAUGAAGACUUUCACUCAGUUAUUCAACAGAUGGCUCAGGGCCGCCAGGUCGAGUACAUCGAUAUAGAGCGGCCUUCCGCCGGAGGCCUCGGGUUCAGUGUGGUGGCCGUGAGAAGUCACACUCUGGGAGAAGUUGACAUCUUCGUGAAGGAGGUCCAGCCAGGGAGCAUAGCGGACAGGGAUCAAAGGUUAAAGGAAAAUGACCAAAUAUUGGCUAUUAAUCACACACCACUGGACCAGCGUGUUUCCCAUCAGCAGGCGAUCGCCUUAUUACAGCAAACCACUGGGUCCUUGCAUCUGGUUGUGGCCCGGGAGCCAGUCCACACAAAAAGCAGUGCUUCUACCAGCCCACCCGAUACAACCCUGCCUGAGACAGUUCGCUGGGGCCACGUUGAAGAUGUUGAGCUCAUUAAUGAUGGCUCCGGCUUGGGCUUUGGCAUCGUCGGAGGAAGAUCGAGUGGCGUGGUUGUGAGGACGAUAGUUCCUGGAGGGUUAGCAGACCGAGAUGGAAGACUCCAGACUGGUGACCACAUCCUGAAGAUUGGUGGCACAAACGUGCGGGGAAUGACCAGUGAGCAAGUUGCACAAGUGCUCAGGAGCUGUGGGGAUUCCGUCAGGAUGCUUGUCGCAAGAGACCCAGUUGGUGAAGUCUUUGUAACCCCGCCCACCCCCUCCGCCUUACCUGUCGCUCUGCCUGCUCUAGCCAACAGCGCCCCGAGCUCUGACAAAUCUACUCUUUUUGAAACUUACGAUGUUGAACUCAUUAAAAAAGAUGGACAGAGUCUUGGGAUUAGAAUUAUUGGCUAUGCUGGAACUCCUAAUACAGGGGAAGCUUCAGGGAUUUAUGUGAAAAGUGUCAUACCUGGCAGCGCGGCGCACCACAACGGCCAAAUUCGAGUGAACGACAGAAUCGUCGCUGUCGAUGGUGUGAAUAUUCAGGGUUUUGCCAACCAGGAUGUUGUGGAGGUGCUACGAAACGCAGGGCAAGUGGUACGUCUGACUCUAGCUCGAAGGAAGACAUCUUCAUCUGCUUCUCCACUUGAACUGCCUUCAGACAGAGGAGCUGUUGUAGAGCCGCCGAAAACACCAACCCUCUUUCUGACUGGAGUGGUGGAAACGGAAACUAACUUGGACAGUGAAGAUGAGGACACUGAAGAAAGAAUGGAUAACCUAAAAACCAACAGCGUACAAGCCUUGGAAAGAUUGGGAGUCCCAGACUUUCCAGAAAAUGAGCUGAAAUCCAGGUGGGAAAACCUACUGGGCCCUGAUUAUGAAGUAAUGGUUGCUACCUUGGACACACAGAUCGCAGGCGAUGCUGAGUUACAGAAAUAUUCAAAGCUGCUGCCCAUCCACACCCUGAGGCUUGGCAUGGAAGUGGAUUCCUUUGAAGGACACCAUUACAUCUCCUCGAUUGCUCCCGGUGGUCCUGUUGAUACGCUGAACCUCCUACAGCCAGAGGAUGAGCUUCUUGAGGUCAACGGAGUGCGGCUCUACGGGAAGUCCCGCCGGGAGGCGGUCUCCUUCCUGAAGGAGGCACCACCCCCCGUCGUCUUGGUGUGCUGUCGCCGGCUGUUCGAUGACGAGGCCUCUGUGGACGAGCCGAGGGCCCCCGUGGCCUCCCCUCCCGAGACGCAGGCUGACCACAGCAUAGACGUCAAUCCUGAAGAAGAUGAUGAUGGGGAGUUAGCACUGUGGUCUCCUGAAGUCAAGAUUGUUGAACUAGUGAAAGACCACAGAGGCUUGGGAUUCAGCAUUUUGGAUUACCAGGACCCCUUGGACCCCACAAGAUCAGUGAUUGUGAUCCGCUCCCUGGUGGUGGAUGGUGUCGCAGACAGAGGUGGGGAGCUGCUACCUGGAGACCGCCUGGUCUCGGUCAAUGAACACAGUUUGGACAACAGCACACUUGCUGAAGCCGUGGAGGUGCUGAAAGCUGUGCCACCAGGCACUGUGCACCUUGGCAUCUGUAAGCCUUUGGUGGAAGAUGAUAACGAGGAAGAAAGUCAUUAUAUUUUACAGUCAAACCAUCAUGAAGACAGGACUGAAAUUUCAGGAACAGUUCAUGAUAUAAAUUCAUCUUUAAUACUUGAAGCACCCAAGGGAUUUAGAGAUGAACCCUAUUUCAAAGAAGAACUUGUGGACGAACCGUUUCUAGAUUUGGGAAAGUCUUUCCAGUCCCAACAAAAAGAGAUCGACAACAGCAAGGAGGCCUGGGAAAUGCAUGAAUUUCUGACCCCUAGAUCGCAGGAAAUGGGUGAAGAGAGAGAAAUGCUCGUUGAUGAAGAGUAUGAGCUGUAUCAAGAUGGCUUUCAGCCCACGGAGUUGUAUUCCCCCUCGCACGUUCAAGAGGCCGCCCGUGUCCCGUCUGUGGAGGAGCUGCACUUGGGAGCGCAGUGGUUGCACGGUGCGAGUGUGGACGGCGAGCCUGCGCAGCCUCAGGAAGCCAGGGCCCUGCUGGGCGUAUGCCCCCCGGAGGUGCAGCAGUGGGGCUGCAGCCCCGACGACCUGAUGAAAGAAGAUUUUGGCAUCGAUGCCUCACCCUCCGUGCCCUCACCUGAAGGGAGCGGUCAGCAAGGCAGGUUUGGCGGUCUGGAGAAUCUCAGUUCGUUCCCACAGAGCUCUUCGGAUUUAGGCAUGAUGAUUCCAGAUGAUGUCCAGGCUCCUGGCUUGCUUGUUGAACUUCCUGCUGUGGCUCAAAGAAGGGAGCAAGAAGAUCUGCCUUUAUACCAACUUCCCAGGACCCGAGUUGUUUCCAAGGCCUCAGCAUACACGGGAAUCUUAUCUUCUAGAUAUGCCACUGAUACAUGUGAGUUACCUGAGAGAGAAGAAGGUGAAGGAGAGGAGACUCCAAACUUCAGCCACUGGGGUCCACCGAGAACUGUUGAGAUUUUUAGAGAACCCAACGUGUCUCUUGGUAUUAGCAUUGUGGGUGGACAAACUGUGAUAAAACGCCUGAAGAAUGGAGAGGAGCUUAAAGGGAUAUUUAUCAAGCAAGUUUUAGAAGACAGUCCAGCAGGAAAAACAAAUGCUCUUAAAACUGGAGAUAAAAUACUAGAGGUGUCUGGAGUAGAUCUGCAGAACGCCUCCCACAGAGAAGCAGUUGAGGCCAUUCAGAAUGCAGGAAACCCAGUGGUGUUCGUUGUGCAGAGCCUGUCACCCACUCCAAGAGUCAUUCCUAGUGUCCAUAACAAGGCCAACAAAAUCGCUAAUAACCAGGAUGAAGACACUCAAGAAAAAAAAGAAAAGAGGCGAGGAACUGCCCCCCCUCCGAUGAAGCUGCCGCCUCCUUAUAAAGCCCCAUCUGAUGACAGUGAUGAAAAUGAAGACGGAGACGUGUUUACCAACAAAAAAAUUAGACAAAGAUAUGCAGACCUGCCUGGAGAAUUGCACAUUAUUGAACUGGAAAAGGAUAAGAAUGGACUUGGACUCAGCCUUGCUGGGAAUAAAGACAGGUCGCGCAUGAGCAUAUUUGUGGUGGGAAUUAACCCGGAAGGACCCGCUGCCACGGACGGACGCAUGCGAAUUGGAGAUGAACUGUUAGAGAUCAACAAUCAGAUCCUGUAUGGAAGAAGUCACCAAAAUGCGUCUGCCAUUAUUAAGACUGCCCCGUCAAAGGUCAAGCUGGUCUUCAUCAGAAAUGAAGAUGCGGUCAAUCAGAUGGCGGUCGCUCCUUUUCCGUUACCGUCAAGUCCUCCAUCUUCUCUUGAGGAAGACGUCCCCCAGCUGGUUGGUCAAGGUGUGGUGGCGGGUCAGCAGCAGGCCCUGGAGUGCCCAACUGACAGCGCUGUCAGCCAGAUGAAGCAGCAACAGUAUUCAGCACAAGUCUCCUUGGGUUCACAAGACAUACCCUUAGCACCAGCGCCCUCGUACUCUUCCACAGAUGCCGACUUCCCAGGCUACGGUGGUUUCCAGGCUCCGCUGUCAGUGGACCCUGCCACGUGUCCCAUUGUCCCUGGCCAGGAGAUGAUUAUAGAAAUAUCCAAGGGACGCUCGGGGCUCGGGCUCAGCAUCGUGGGAGGAAAGGACACGCCCUUGGAUGCUAUAGUGAUACACGAAGUCUAUGAAGAAGGAGCAGCAGCCAGAGAUGGCAGACUUUGGGCUGGUGACCAGAUAUUGGAGGUUAACGGGAUUGACCUGAGGAGUGCCAGCCAUGAGGAAGCCAUCACCGCCCUGAGGCAGACCCCGCAGAAGGUGCAGCUGGUGGUGUACAGAGACGAGGCGCACUACAGGGAUGAGCAGAACUUGGAGAUUUUCCCUGUGGAUCUGCAGAAGAAGGCUGGCCGAGGACUAGGCCUGAGCAUCGUUGGGAAACGAAGUGGAAAUGGAGUGUUUAUUUCUGACAUCGUGAAAGGUGGAGCCGCAGACCUGGAUGGAAGACUGAUUCAGGGAGAUCAGAUCUUAUCUGUGAAUGGGGAGGACAUGAGAAAUGCCUCACAGGAGACAGUGGCCACUGUCCUCAAGUGUGCACAGGGGCUGGUGCAGCUGGAGAUUGGAAGACUCCGCGCUGGCUCCUGGACCUCCUUGAGGAAGACGUUGCAGAACACUCAGGGCAGUCAGCACAGCACACACAGCAGCUGUCACCCUCCCCUGCCUCCUGUCGUCAGCAGCCUGCAAAACCUGGUUGGCGCGAAAAGAGCUUCCGACCCUUCCCCCCAGAAUCCAGGCAUGGACGUGGGACCAAGGACCGUUGAGAUAAUCAGGGAGCCCAGUGAUGCCCUUGGAAUCAGCAUUGCUGGAGGAAGAGGAAGCCCCUUAGGGGACGUCCCCAUAUUCAUCGCCAUGAUUCAGGCCAGCGGUGUGGCUGCGCGAACACAGAGGCUUAAGGUUGGAGAUCGGAUUGUCAGCAUUAAUGGGCAACCUUUGGAUGGGCUGUCUCACGCGGACGUGGUCAAUCUGCUGAAGAACGCCUACGGGCGCAUUAUCCUGCAGGUUGUGGCAGAUACCAAUAUAAGCGCCAUAGCCACUCAGCUUGAAAACAUGUCUGCGGGCUACCACCUCGGUUCACCCAGUGCCGAGCACCAUCCGGAUGACACGGAAACGCCUCCGCCUAAGACCAUUGCCUUGGAGAAAGGCUCUGACGGGUUGGGGUUGAGUAUUGUAGGGGGUUAUGGAAGUCCCCAUGGAGACCUGCCAAUUUAUGUCAAGACUAUAUUUGCAAAGGGAGCAGCUGCAGGUGACGGCCGACUGAAGCGAGGUGACCAGAUUUUAGCUGUUAACGGUGAGACUCUGGAAGGCGUUACUCACGAGCAAGCUGUGGCCAUUCUAAAACGCCAGAGAGGGACUGUAGUCUUAACUGUGCUGUCGUGAGCCUGGGUCCUGAGCCCAAGACAGGUGUUGCAGACUGUCAUAGAGGAUGCGGUUCUGAAAGAGGAUGGAAAGCAGCCUCAACUAGAAUCCACCUUCCUUCUCGCUGCUGUCCCCUCGGCUCAGGAGGGAUGGCUGAGGUUUCAUGUAAAUGUCCCAAACCAACAGUCGCCUCCCUAAUAUUUCCCAGCUUCUGUUACCUCGUGAUGAGGUUAAUUUCUAAAACUUGAGUGAGUCUUAUGUGUUUUGCAUUUAACAUCGAUGUUUAUCAAGUAGUAGUAACCAGUUCUGAUUGAUUAUAUGUGCCGAAACUGAAGUUAACAAUCUCUCAUUCCUUAUGCGCUUUUCUCCCCAUCCCAACUCAUACAGAGGCUUCACGACAGCCUCGUCUCACCCAGUGAACAGAAACAAAUGUUAAGCAACUUGUCAUCUCGCUCGUAAUUUACUCAUGCUAAUGUCUCCUCCAGUACACCAGAAACAUUAGCAGUGUAAUUAACUUCCCAGUGAUCCUCACGAUGAAACACCAGAUUCUCCUGUGGGAAAUUACUGUGCUCUCUUCUGAACGACUUACGGUCAGAUAACUCUCAAAUUCAUUUCUCUGGAUAGAUCUUUAUAAGUUAGUCAUUGGUGAUUAUGAUGAGUCAAUUUGCAGACUGUAAUCUGAAAAUUCUGAAAGGCUUUCUAAUUGUUUUCUUAGCUACACAAAUCCAUACCACUGAACAAAUGCACCUUAUUCUCAACAGGAACGUGUUCUGAAUUCUAACAAUGCCAAAUUCUGUUCGAUUCCAAGAAGUGCACCUGGAGUUGAUGGCGUCUCAGUAGGCGAGCGUCAUUCCCACCCCUCCGUCUUCAGACGAGGCGGAGGAAGCUCCAGAGAUCAGCAAGUUUUGCCUCAAGUCAGACGAGGUGUAGACGGCCGUGGCCUGGUGCCAAGUAGAGUGACAAAUGUGAGUCUCCUUCUCCUCGGCUCCGUACCCGUCAGUCGAGCAGCGUAGACUGCAGGAAUGUAGAUGGAGUGACGUGCUUAGCCGCAACGUGACUGAGCAAAUGAACUGAGCCUAGGAGCCCGUGCUGGAAACACUCGGAUCAUGUUUCCUGAUCUCCCGGGAGCAUCCCAUUUCUUGAAAUUUUGCAUGCUAAGAAAGCAACUACAGCAGAAAAUACAAGUAUAAAGUUGGUCAGGGGCCUCCUUAUUCAGGUACCAGCAGGAAGAGGAGGGAGAUGCUUAUCAGUGAGUUCUAUAGGCUCUGCUGUAAAAAAUGUACCAUGAAGGAUGAGCACCAGGAUCAGUAAUAGAAGUAGUUCAGCAUUAUUUAACUAAAACACAAUGCUGCAGAUGGUGCACAGUAAUUAUCAAAAUAUAAUGGGAAAGAUAGAUUUUAAUUGAGAAUAAUCUUUGAGUAGAUGUGAUCAUGAAGUGCAUUAACUCUUGUUGGAAUAUUUUGUGGCUCUUCCAAAGUUUUGAGUGCCUAAAUCUUGUGUUGAAAAUGUCUUUCAUGACUGGCAUUAAGUUUUUUUUAAUUACACACGGCUUUUGGAAAUUCUAAUGUAUCCAAAAUAUGUGGUGGUAUUAGGAUCUUGUCUUUCAACGCAUGAGAAGCUAUCAGCCUCAGAAUGUUCUAUGUUAAUUGUAUCCGCAAGAACACCUCAGGCAGCCAAGAAGAAAUGAAGCCCAAAUAAAACUUGAAAAUGCACCUUAAAAAAAAAUAUAUAUAUAUAUAUGUAUGUAAUACUUUUGAAAUGCGAUUCUGCUUGAUUUUGUUGGAACAGCCAUUAAAUACACAUUUUGAAAUAA